GACUCCGACGCCAAGUGAUGGAGGUGGCGGCUAAUUGCUCACUGCGCGUGAAGCGGCCCCUGUUAGACCCCCGCUUCGAGGGCUACAAACUCUCUCUGGAGCCUUUGCCAUGUUACCAGCUGGAGCUGGACUCAGCCGUGGCAGAGGUAAAGCUCAGAGAUGACCAAUAUACACUGGAUCACAUGCGUGCCUUUGGCAUGUAUAAUUACCUACACUGUGAUUUGUGGAAUCAAGAUAAUAUCUACUUUGUUGAUCAGCUUGGAAGAAUUAUGAACUUAGCAGUUACACUGGACACUGCCUUAGGAAAACCAAGAGAGGUUUUCAGACUUCCUACAGAUUUAGCAGCUUAUGACAAUCGUCUUUGUGCAUCUCUUCACUUCACAUCUUCUACCUGGGCUACAGUGUCAGAUGGAACAGGUAGAUUAUAUCUUAUUGGAACAGGGGAACGUGGAAAUGGUACUUCUGAAAAAUGGGAGAUUUUGUUUAAUGAAGAUCUUGGAGAUCCUUUUGUUAUACUUCACAGUGUUUCCAUUACAAAAUCUGAGGACCAUUCAAUAUCUACUAUCCUUCUCCGAGUUGAGAAAGAAGAAUUAGAUCGGAAAGGAAGUGGCUUCUAUGUUUCUUUGGAGUGGGUUACUAUCAGUAAGAUAAAUAAAGAGAUUCAAAAGUAUGAAAUUACUGAUCGUAAAGUACUCAAUGGUAAAUCAGUUCCACAUUAUGCUGCUAUUGAGCCUGGUGGCAAUGGUCUGAUGAUUGCUUCUUGCAAAUCCUUCAGAUUUGUUCAAGAUGAAAAGCAAGAUGAAGAAAAAAAUGAUGAAAAACUGACAGAUAAAAAUAAAGUUGAACCUUUGUAUUACUGGCAACAGACUGAAGAAGAUUUGACAAUGAUAAUACACUUUUCAGAAGAUGUUUCUAAAGAGGACAUUGAAAUACGGUUUUCCCCAGAUCACAUCAGUAUUGCUUUAAAAAAGCAACCAUAUUUGGAAGGAAAACUCUUUUCAUCUAUUGAUCAUGAAAGUAGUACAUGGAUAAUUAAAGAGAAUAAGAGUUUGGAGGUGUCUUUGAUUAAGAAGGACGAAGGACUGACGUGGCCAGAGCUAAUAUUAGGUGAUGAGCGAGGAGACUGCAUAAGAGAUUCAGCCCAGUGUGCUGCCAUAGCUGAACGUUUGAUGCAUUUGACAUCUGAAGAACUGAAUCCAAAUCCAGAUAAGGAAAAACCACCAUGUAAUGCUCAAGAAUUAGAAGAGUGUGAUAUUUUCUUUGAAGAGAGCUCCAGUUUAUGCAGAUUUGAUGGCAAUACUUUGAAGACCACUCAUGUGGUGAAUCUUGGAAGCAACCAGUAUCUUUUUUCAGUCUUAGUGGAUCCCAAAGAAAUGCCCUGUUUCUGUUUGCGUCAUGACGUAGAUGCCCUACUUUGGCAACCACACUACAGCCAGCAAGAUGAGAUGUGGGAACAUAUUGCAACUUUCAAUGCCUUAGGCUAUGUCCAAGCAUCAAAGAGAGACAAGAAGUUUUUUGCUUGUGCCCCCAAUUACUCCUACGCUGCCCUUUGUGAAUGCCUGCGUCGAGUGUUCAUCUAUCGUCAGCCCACAGCUAUGUCCACUGUGCUGUAUAACAGAAAGGAGGGAAGGCAAGUUGGGCAGGUUGCUAAGCAGCAGGUAGCCAGCUUGGAAACCAAUGAUCCUAUUUUGGGGUUUCAAGCUACAAAUGAAAGAUUAUUUGUCCUUACCACAAAAAACCUCUUUUUAAUAAAAGUAAAUACAGAUAAUUAAUGAUGCUAACAUAUGCUGGCAUCUCUGUACUUGAGAGCAGUUGAGAAGUAUCUAGAAGGCUGAAAAGUUAGACUGAAUACUAUUGAUUCUAAUGUAAAAAAAUUGUACUGUAUCAAGUUUUAUUUUUUGAAAGGAUGUCUUCAAUGUACUCAGUAGAUUUUUAACUAUCAGAAAAUUGUAUCAAGUGUUUCAGCUCCAGUGUUAGUUAUGGCUCUAAGGGAAACAAGUUUUAUAGAAAAUGCAGGAACAACAUGAACAAUGUAUACAUAUAUUUUUGUUAUUUUGGUUUUCUAAAAAAAAAACAACUGAUCUUUUUUAUGCAGGUUGUACCAUGCAGUGUUUGUCCAAUAAAAAAUAUUUACUACAUUCCUUUUAUUUAUUGGUACAAUUUGCUAUAGUCUGGAAUAUAGGCAUUAACAUUUUUUUAAAGGGUUGACUAUAACAUACUUGAAUCUGUAAAAAAUGAGGGAAAGAAAAUACUAGAUCCAGGUAAUCAUUAACUCAUUGACAGAAGAACUUAAGACCUGCUUUUAAUUUCUCUUUUAUCAUUUUUUGCCUCAGAUUACUUUAUUAUUCUCUUUUAGUUUUAGAAAAAUCAUUCUUUUUUUGACUAUAUGUGUCACUGUGCCUAAAAACCUGCUACAACAUUACAUGUUUAUCCAGGUAAAAUAAUAUAAUUAUAUGUGUCAAAUUUGUUAACCUAUUUUGAACAUAUAAGCCUAAGUUAAAUUCAAAUAAAAAUAUUUUCAGAAUGAUUGUUUUGACCUUUUAAAUUAAUAUAGUGUUUCCUUCAUGUUAGGUGGAUAUUUAUGAAAUUUGAGAAAUGUGUAUAUUAGCUUGGUACUUAAUAAAUUAUAUGUCUAUAUAUAGGUAAUUAUACAUGAUUAAGUACAUACCUAUUUUUAAUUUGUUUCAGAUCUUAAUUGAUUUUCUUCUACAUAAGAACAAGAAUCUGUUUUUUUAAUAAGUUGACUAAAGUUCAAUUGAAAGCUGCCAGUCAUGCUAAUUAUGUUUUAAGGGGAAAAAAUUAUUAUCAAAUGUGAAGUGUUUGUUGUCCUUGGCCAUACAAAAAUACAGAAUCUUUGAAUUGAAAGAGAUGUCAAAGAUAUUCUAGAAUAUCAUAUGCUUAAACAAGACUCCUCUCUACAACAUGCCAAACAAGUCUAUACGUCCAACCUAAAUCUACCCCUCCACUAUUUCUGCCCAUUCCUCCUUCUGCUCCCAGGCCAAUCAGAAGACUGUAUUUAUUCUCUAGGUGGUUCAACAACAAGUCAUAUCUCAAGCAUUGCAGUGAUUUGGUUUUCCUUUCUUUUUCCUUUUUAUUUAUUACUACAUAUAUUGUGUUUUCAGACCUAUUGUCAUUAGUAUCCCCAACAGAACUAUAGAUGUAAUUUAACUAUAUUAAAUAUGCUGUAAAUACAAAUAAUGCUUUAAUUGAUUAAGUAUUUGGUAUUUAUUAAAUAGUGAUGACAGAAAGAAUUAUCUUUCUCCAUUUCACAUUUUCCAUAUACAGUUGUCUUUCUUUCCCUAUCCCCAUUCAUAGUGACCCAUAGGAUUUUGCAGUAGCAAAAAUCAGAAAACAAGGUCAGUUAGGUGGCUCACUAGAUAGACUGCUAGGCCUGGAGUCACUUCCUACCUGUGUGCCCCUGACUAAGUCACUUAAUCCUGUUUGCCUGGCUUUUGCCUUUUUGUCUUAGAGAUGUUACUAAGAAAAAAAUAAGAGUUUAAAAAAAUCAGGGAACAGAUUGGGAACACCUAAACAACUUGUGGCAUAUUCAUCUAAUGGAAUAUUACUGCACCAUAAGAAGUAAUGGAUAUGAAGAAUUCAAGGAAGCAUGGAACUGAUGCAAAAUGAAGUAAACAGAACCAGGAAAAUAGUAUAUACAACUAUUAAAGUGUAAAUGGAAAGAACAUAAAUGAAAAAAGUAACUGAAUGCUAUGCAAUUCUUAUUACCAAUCUUGACCUUAAAGAGAAGAGAAAAAUGCAUCUCCUUCCCUAUAGGUAUGAAAUAAUACAUAUACAGGUACCCCUUCUACAUCACAGGUGUUAGGUUACAGUGCCCCUAUGAUCUGGAAAAUCAGUAUGAAAUUAUUUGAUCCUCCCUUUGUAUCAGAAUCAGAAGUCAUCUAAAUGUUUUUUUUUUAUGGGGUGGUUCUACUACCUUGGUAUAAAAUUUGGGUAAAGUAUUUGGUCAUGGUUUAUAUAUAUAGGUUAAUAUUAAGAUAUCACUACAACUCUAUAAACAAUCACCCUAGUACAAAUAUCAAUGGAAAUAGGUCUUGAUCAAUGACACAUGUAAAACCCAGUGGAAUUGCAUGUUGGCUAUGGGAGAGGGAUGGGAGAAGGAGAGGGAAAGAACAUGAAUCAUGUAACUAUGGAAAAAUUUUCUUAAUCAAUAAAAUGAAAUUUAAAAAAGAUAUCAUUACAUUUCUAGCCUUUGUGCAUUGUUAGUUGGAUUUCAUGUUCUUUUCACAAAUUUUAACUAUUUUAAAUUUGAAAAAAAAUCAUUUAUAUUUAUGGUAUGAAAAUAUUAAUGUAAUAUAAUUAACUAUGUUAGUAUAAUAUAAUACCAUACAUAUAUUUUAUGUAUUUCUGAGUUUUUAAACUUAUUCUGUGUUGUUUGUUGGCCUUCACAUAUCCAUCUGUGGCUUCUUCAAAACUUCUCAAAAAUUCCCAUUUAAUUUCUUAUGUUGAUCCACGAUAUAUCUCAAUUGUAAUGGGAAAAGUUGUGAUGUGGAAGGGAUGCCUGUACUCUUAGACCUGGUUGAGGUGUUGAUUAUUUUAUUGAAAUGCUCCUCCCCCACCCUUUUUUCCCCCUUAAUUACAACAUGGCUCUGUGGAGAUGAGAGGAGAGAAGGGAUAUCAAAGGAAAUUGAUGUAAAGCCAGAAUUUUUUAAAAAUCACAUUAAAAGAUUCAAUCUUUAAUUUCGUGACUACAUAAUAGCAUGAAAAAAUGAACUGUCAGCUUCCUAAAUGAGGGGAUAAUGACUGUAACAAUUAAAUAUCAUCUAAUAAAUUCUUCAUUUCAACUUUAAA